AUGAAUCGGGAAACAAUUAACGCGGAGAAGUACUCGCUACUUCAAUUAAAAGCGUGGUGCACGGCAGUGGGGCUCAACGCUAGUGGAGCAAAAGCGUCGCUGGCUGCACGACUUAGCGAGCUGUCGGCAGAAGCACGGGGCUUGUGUCCAGGAGCCAUUGACGUGCCUGGAGGUGAUAGUGUGCCAGAAAAACGCGGCGCGAAAGCUACGGUGCCACCAAAUAUCGAUGGAGGCAAUGGUACAGCCAAAGAAAAAAAUAACGGCGAAGGUGCUGGCAAUGGUGCGAAUAGCGGCGAUGGACCAAACAACGGCAACGACGCGAAUAACGGCGAGGGAUCAACCAAUGACAAAGGUGCGAAUAACGGCGAUGGUGAGCGUGGCAACGAUGGAGCGAAUAACGACGAUGAUGGCGAUUUUACAAAUGAUAGCAACGGCGCGAAUAACGAUGGUGCGUCUAACAACGAUGGUGCGUCUAACAACGAUGAUGAUGUGGUAGAGAGUAAGACGAAGAAGAAGAAGAAUAGGAGGAAACAGCCGGAGCAGAAGAAAGUGAAAUUGAAAGCGCUCUUAUUAUACAAAUAG